AUUAGGGUUUUAGUAUUUAAUUGAGCAAACCAAAAUUCUUCCAUUUUCCUCUCCUUAACAUCUCGUUCUCACUGGUGCUACUGCUACGGCACUGAAGCAUCACCAAUGGCGUUUGCAAAAGCCCAGAAGUCAAAAGCUUACUUCAAGCGUUUUCAAGUUAAAUACAAGAGAAGAAGAGAGGGUAAGACUGACUACAGGGCAAGGAUUCGUUUGAUUAAUCAGGACAAGAACAAGUAUAACACUCCCAAAUACCGAUUCGUUGUUCGAUUUACCAACAAAAAUGUGAUUGCACAAGUGAUACAUUCACGCAUUGUUGGCGAUUUGGUUCUUGCUGCUGCUUAUUCCCAUGAGCUCCCUCAGUAUGGACUAGAAGUGGGGCUUACUAACUAUGCUGCAGCUUACUGCACUGGACUUCUUUUGGCCCGACGAGUGUUGAAAAUGCUUGAGAUGGACGAGGAGUACCAGGGUAAUGCUGAGGCAACUGGAGAAGAUUAUUCUGUUGAACCAGGUGAGACCAGGAGACCUUUCCGUGCUCUUCUUGAUGUUGGACUUCUGAGAACAACAACUGGGAACCGUGUUUUUGGAGCCCUUAAGGGAGCAUUGGAUGGUGGACUUGAUAUUCCUCACAGCGAAAAGAGGUUUGCGGGAUUCAGCAAGGACAAUAAGCAGCUUGAUGCUGAAAUUCACAGGAAGUACAUCUUUGGUGGUCAUGUCGCUGCUUACAUGAAUAUGUUGAGCGAAGACGAACCAGAAAAAUACCAGGCUCACUUUAGUGAAUGCAUAAAGAAAGGUGUUGGACCUGAUAAUAUGGAGGAGAUGUAUAAAAAGGUUCAUGCUGCCAUUCGUGCUGAUCCUUUAGCAAAGAAGACCGAUAAGGAGCCUCUAAAGGAGCACAAGAGAUACAACUUGAAGAAGUUGACCUAUGACGAAAGAAGAACUAAGUUGAUUGAUAGGUUGCAGUCUCUCAACUCUGCCAUCGCCGACUCCGACGGAGAUGAAGAGUGAAUUUCGCCUUUUUUCUUUGCUUAUUGGAAUUGUUAGGAUGAGGAUUAGUUAUUAUUUUUGGUGAAAUUUUGUUGAGUCAUUUUUGGAUAUUUGAAAGUGCUGAAGUGUAUCAAAUUUCUUCUAUAAUUUAUGUACUAAGGAAGAGUAAUGAAAAUGGAGAGUAUUUUUUUGAA